CCGAAGUCGCAUCCAUCCCGCAGCUCACUCCGACCCAAGCUCCCGACCCCGUCGUGUUCAGUUCGUCUCGCGCUCCGCACCGCAUCCCCCCGUCGUGUUUACAGUGUUAUCUCUUUCCGUUAAACCGCCCUUAAACAAAUUCAGGAUGAAGUGGGCUUUGCUGGGCUUAGCGCUUCUGGCUGUGGGCGCCUACGGGUACCCGAUCAACGAGAAGAAGCAGGACGUCGUCAUCGGGGACUACUCCAAGGUGAGCGACGCGAGUGCCCCGGUCGUCCCGGUGGCCGCUGACGCCCCCAAGAGCGAGCCGAAGCCGGUGGCCGACGAGCCGAAACCCACGCCCGCUGCCGCCCCGGCCACCGAGUCCAACGCCAUCAAGAGCGAGGAGAAACCAGAACCCACCGCCGCCGCCCCAGCUGCCCCAGCUGCGGCCGAGGCCCCUAAGAAGGAGGAACCCGCCGUCGUGUCCCCAAGCGAGCCCGCCAAGGACGCAGUUGCAGUUCCUCCUCCCGCCGCCGUCGUCGACGAAGCCAAAAAGGCCGAGGACGCCAAACCCGUAGCCGAAGAGAAGAAGGAAGAACCCAAGAAGGAGGAACCCAAGAAGGAGGAAGAGAAGAAGGAAGAGAAGAAGGAGGAAAAGAAAGAGGAGCCAAAGAAGGAAGAGCCCCUCAAGGAAGACAAGAAAGAAGAGAUCAAGCCUGCAGCCAGCGAAAUCUCCGAGCAGAAGGUUAUGGACCCAGAGACCCCGAAAGGCGAACCCGUCAAACCCGAGGACGCCCCCAGGAAGGAAGAAACCAAAACCGCUGAGGUCCCCGCGGUAGUCGCCUCUUCGGAGUCCAAACCGGAGAAACCAGCCGCCGACGCCCCUGAGUCCAAACCAGUCGUCCCACCCGUAGUCUCCGAAGUCGCCCCCACCCCGAAGGUCGACUCCCCCGUCGUAGCCGCCACCGAAGAGAGGAAGGAGACUGUCGCCGCCGCCGAAGUCACCCCCGCCCCCGAAGAGCCCAAGAAAGAGGAAGUCAAGAAAGAAGAAGCCAAAGAAGAGAAGAAACCCGAGAUGGACUCCAAGCCCGUAGAAGAGAAGAAGGAGGAGAAGAAGGAAGAAAAGAAGGAAGAGAAGAAGGAAGAGAAGAAGGACGAGCCGAAGAAGGAAGAGAAGAAGGAAGAGAAGAAAGAGAAGAAAGAAGAGAAAGAAGACAAGAAAGACAAGAAGAAGGAGGAGUUCAAAGAGAAGGAGAUGAAGAAAGAAGAGAUGAAAGAAGAGAAGAAGAAGGCCUCCGACGCCGACGCCGCGCCCUCCCACUCGAGCUAAGAAACUUGUACAUGCUUUUGAACACUCAUGUACAUAGUUUUACUCGUAACUGUACAUUUUGAUUUUCGGUGCCGCGUCUCAUUGGAAACGCCCGGGGAACGCCCGAUUGGGCCUCGGGAUCAGUCCAGUUCCAAAGUCCCGGUCCUCGGCCCCGUUCCCGGCUCGUUUCCGGGACGCUCGUUGAACUGAGAGUAUACUAUAAGAUGGAUCUGGACGUAUACUGCGCGUAUACCGUAGGCUCUUAUAGCAUAGUCUAGUUUGACCCCCCGCACGCCAGUUGUCUCUCUUCAAAUGGACCGUUGAGCGCCUCAAUCUUACCUGGGUGGCUCUACGAUGGCGGCAUCUCGAAAUGCUCCUUCGAACCUCGAAGCAUGCAACGAGCAAUCCGAUUCGCGCCUUCAAUUUUCGGCGUUCGCAACCCGCAAUGCGCCGAAUUCGCCCCUUCGACGACGAAGGAUAUGCAACCGUUUAGCCAGGCGUGGAAUGUUGACCUAUUUUUGACCGAAUGCGAAAAUAUCUAGUCAGCACAAGGAAUAACAUCUAGAAUUCUGUGGGGAAGUGUUCAUUUCGAGAUGCUCCCGCCGUCGGUGGGUUACUCAUUGCUCAAAAAUUUCUGAGGAUACCGGACGGUGCCCUCGGCAUGGCGCUCGCUUCGGUCCGUUUGAACUGAGAACGAAGGUGACUAGAUUAAGGUGCAUAGAUGUGCGUUAGUCGAGGCUGUCUCGUCUCUUAAUGUGUGAGAUUGAUUCAUCAACGGAGAUGAACUCAUUCGCUCGCUGAACAUAUUUUCGUCUCCUUCCCAGUUUACCAGUUGCAUUUUAUACACGAAAGAGAAGGUGUACAUACGUGAGUCAUUGCGUAUUUUUCCCCCUCAAUUCUAUGAAUUGAAUAUGUGAUAAGGUAGUUGCUUUAAUUGACAUGGACGAGUCCGAUUCCAUCGUUUAUCAUUCGUCAGGAAGAAAUUCUCAACGGGCACAUUCCCUCAAAAAUUAGUUUUAUAAUAGCUUUUCUUUCUUCUUUUGCCAAAAAAAAAAAAAUCAAAAAACGAAAAAUGAAAAAAAAAAUGUAUAAAGUUGCUUCUCUAAUUUAGUGUUUCUUGAUAAGCAAGCAAAAACCCUGAUUAUCCUUGUUGUGCCAUAAAUACAAACCCCCGAGUCCGUGGACUCAUCUUCUUACUGCAGACAUAGAACACUCCCACAUAAAUUUGCUAAGUUCCUUCUUUAAAUAUCUCAUUAAUGUGACUAGUUAUUAUUUAUUUUAUAAUUAAUAUGUGUAAAGUAAAUAAAAGGUCCUUUCACUCUGA